AUGUCAGAGCAAGUCAUGGAAUCGUAUUAGGACUUGUUUGCUGACAUCUAGUGCAUGAACCGCACGAAAAUUGUGCAGUAAUAUCUAACAUAUGUCAAUGACGGAAAGCUAUUCUAAAUUAAUUAGACUGAAACUACUCCUAAGGGAACUAAAUACAAUUGGGCUGUAGAUUUCUUCAGAACUUACAGCGACUGUAUUCUAACCACAAAUAAAUAUAUGAGUAAUAAUCUAUUUGAUGUUUCUCGCACAUUUACCAAGCAUAAAUUUGAUUAAAAGGUAUACUUCAAUGAUUAGAAAACAAAGCCUAUUGGAAUAAUGAUGAAGAAUAUGCAAUUAAAUUUUUAUCAGACAGGAAGCUAUCUCUAUAAGGAAAAGAACUUUAAAAAAAUUAUCUUGACUAAGCAGUAGAACUUGGAGAGAUAUUUAGAGUACCAAAGCCAGUAGCUUUAGAUAGGCUAGGACUAAUUUGUCUCGGGGUUGAGAGAUUAGCAUGGAAUUCAUUUCAAUGGACUUAAGGAGAUAAACUUUGGAGAAUCUGUUAAUUGUCUCAGAGAGAAGUAUAAUUAUGAAAUGAUAGUCAGUGAAUGCGGUUAGAGUGCAACUAAAGAUUAUUUUGAUGAAUAGUUCAUAUAGUAAAAUCCUAUUGAUACAAUUGUAUUCACUCUAUAUCUUGGAAAUACUAAAUCCAAUGAAGAACUUAACGCAGCAUGGUCAUUUACAGUAUGGAAAAGAAAAUCUUAGAAGGAUUUAGAGAGGCAGGAGGAAUAGAAAGCUAUUAAAAACAAAGAUUAACUACUAGAGUACUUGGAUAAAGAGAAAUAAGCAUUGAUACUGAAGAAACAAUAAAGAACUUAAGAUGCUCAGGCUGAGAAAAAUCAGUAAUAUGGAAGUAAUAGUCCUAUCUUUAUGAAGAAAAAAUAUAAGUUCUUGGGCGAUAGGGAAUUCCAAACUAAAAAGAUAAAGGAAUGA